AUGAUGGAAGGAAGCUGCCUGUGUAAAGCUGUAACGUUCAGGGUGGAUGCCCAUGUAUCUAGGCUCUAUCAAUGCCACUGUUCUCUAUGUCAGAAGCAAUCGGGAUCGACCUCCAACACUGCAACGAUCGUCAAGGCGAGUGAUUUUCGAUGGCUCGCGGGUGAAGACUCCAUUACCAAGUGGCAACGGGAGACGGGCUUUUCGUCUCACUUUUGCAAAACUUGUGGCUGUCCCGUACCAAAUCCACUCCGAAAUACACCUUAUUACUGGAUUCCCAUGGGGUUGAUUGAUGCGAAUACUGAUGACAGCUCCCUGGAGAAGGGAGCUCAAGUGCGAGUGCACCUAUUUUGCAAAUCCAAGGCCAGCUGGGAUACCAUUCAACCGCACACUGAAAGAAUGUACGACGAAUUCGUCGAUAAUAUUGAUAGUUUUAUCCAGGAUCUUAUGCAAUUGAAAGAACUACCCCAGCAGAUAUAA